AUGUCCGAUUCUCAGUCGCCGGGUGCGACCGCACCUUCAAAUGGAAAACCGGAUACCGGGUUUACUCCAGGUGAUGAUACGAUGACACAGUUCCGCAACAUCUACUCCAUCUUGACCGGGAAGAUGUCAUCCGAGGGAAUUGAGCAGUUCCGCGUUGCGCGAGACAUUCGAAAUGAAGCUGCUGACUGCAAGCGAUGUGAUGAACAGCGUGACUACCUACUUCAAUGGAGUCCGACAAUUCGCUUCCUCAGUGACAACAUUCGGCAACUUGGUGGCGAUCUUCACAGUCAUAAUAUCUAUUGCCGCCGCUGUACCGAUCGAAAAGGUGGUGGCUUCGAUCCCGAAUAUGGAAUUCUACUUUGUGCAAAUGAGAUGAAGGACCAGGGGCAUUUAGAGGACACAAUGGCUCAUGAGAUGGUUCAUGCCUACGAUCACCUGCGAUUCAAAGUCAACUGGACCGACAACUUGCGACAUGCUGCAUGCACAGAGAUCCGAGCCAGCUCACUCAGCGGCGAGUGUAGAUGGGCGCGCGAAUUUUUUCGACGAGGCCAAUGGAAGCUCACCCAGCAACACCAGGAGUGUGUCCGGAGAAGGGCUGUCUUGUCUGUGAGGGCACGGCCUACUUGCAGAGACGAGGCUCAUGCACAGCAAGUUGUCAAUGAAGUCUGGGACAGCUGCUUCAGAGACACCAGGCCAUUUGAUGAAAUUUACCGAUGA